AUGAGCAUCGUACUGUCCCCAGUGUGCAGCCAAGAGUUGGAUGCCAUGGCAUCAGAUGCAUCUCCUAUGAUCACAAACAUGACCCCUCUCGAAGAGCCAGAGGAUGAGGGAAGAAUGAAGGAACUUGACACUAUGCAACGCUAUGAGAAACCACCACCACUUCACACUGGAGCAGACUGGAAAGUUGUCCUUCACUUGCCGGAAAUAGAAACGUGGCUUCGUAUGACAUCAGAGCGGGUUCGAGACCUCACCUACUCUGUCCAGCAGGAUACAGAGAAUAGACAUGUAGACGUUCACCUGGUCCAACUAAAGGAUAUUUGUGAAGAUAUUUCAGAUCAUGUGGAGCUGAUCCAUGCCCUGUUGGAGACAGAAAUUUCACUGAAGCUUCUCUCUUACUCAGUCAAUAUCCUUGUGGACAUCCACACUGUUCAACUUUUGUGGCACCAGCUACGUGUGUCAGUCCUUGUGCUUCGUGAGAGAAUUCUUCAGGGUCUUCAGGAUUCAAACGGAAACUACACAAGACAGACUGAUAUUCUUCAGGCUUUCGGGGAGGACAGAAAAGAGACCUGUUUGGACACUCUGACUGAAGUUGAUGAUGCAGGUCAGCUGACCAUUAAAUGUUCUCAAGACUACUUUUCUUUGGAUUGUGGUAUCACUGCCUUCGAACUGUCUGGCUACAGUCCAAGUGAAGACGUGCCCUGUGGCCCGGAGGCUACCAUGACCUCCAGUUCAGCUGCCAGGGCUAAACCAAAACCGCUUGAGCAUUGGAACUGUGCUGACCUGGAAAAUGGCUUUCCAGAGUUGGUUGGCAACAUGGGGCUACUUUCUGUUGCAAAUGAUCAUUCCACUUCCAGGCAGGAAGAAAUUAAGGCUAGUGGUGAAAGUCAGUUAACAUGCACAGUUCAUCAAACCUUGGUACAGGACAAGAAAGGCGUGGCAAACUCCAAGCUGUCACCCACAUCAGCAAAUCAACCAGCCCUGCCUCAAAGUCCUCCAAUGGAGUCAUUUUCUGACACUAAUACUGAUGUCUUGGAACCCAAGAGACAUGUGCAAGUACAUUCUUGUAAUGCAAGUAGUAACCACUGUGAAAACACAAUACCAAAAAGACCAAUUAAAGAUUGUUUCAAUUAUAAUGCAGAGUCUCCGACACAACCUUCCUUACCCAAAAGAGCUUUGUACCUAAAUGAAAUAUCUAAAGAUGAUCUGGAGAUUAGCUGCUGCAGAAUUUCACCUUCUAUUCUCCUGCACAAGGCAGAAAUGAGCAGAAGUACACCAUCCCUCUUUGAUCAUCCUGACAGAUCCAGACUUUGGCUCGACCUAGAUUCAUCCUACCCAAGCACUGCAAAUGCUGCUGUCAGUUACUCAUGUGAUGAGUUAAACAAAACAAGUGGUACAGACAAUGGAUACCCAAGUUCUCCUUCUCAAUGUAAUUUAAAAAAGACCACGUUAGAUCGAAAUAAAACCAAUGAACAACAUCAAAAAAAGUCUCCAGCUAUUUGGAAAUCAUGCGACCUUCAUGAUUUUAGACAAUCUAACAAAGAGUCUGCAAGAAGCCCCACACCAUAUGAUCGAGAACCUUUAGUGCAAAACCUCAGUUCUGUGCAAAAUACACAAAGUGACAUUUCCUCAUUCUCCAGACAGACAUCCCCAUAUCAGAAGCAACUAGAUACCACAGGUAAACUGAAGAAUUUCCAUCCAUGUUGUCCUCCUCAUACAAAAAUACCAACUAGUGAGAAUAACAAUAGUUCUGACUCAUUUACUGUAAAGUGUGAGGAUAGUUGUGAGCCAAUUAACAUUUCUGCAUGGUAUCAAGAUCAAGAGUCUUCUAAUGAGUAUAAGAAGCAGCCACUGAUUAGUCAGAGUUCCUCUGAAUCAAUGCCUGUCCAAUUAUCUUUACAUGUGCUACAAAAUGAGACCAGGAUAGAUUCUUCUGGCUUUAUCCCCACUCUAUCUUUGCUACAACAGCAACCAAGGACACAAAAUAAUUCAAGCCAAAAUAAAACCACUGAAAAUCAUACAGCUGACAUUUGGUUUGGAUCGAAUGAGUAUUUGGCUCUUCCGUCACACCUGAAGGAAACUGAAGGGUUAACUUUGAAGCUGGAGAAUUUGACAAAGCUGUUGUCACAUCAUUCUCCAGGUGAAACAUUUCAGAACAUUGAAGAUUGGGAGCUGUCAGAAGCAAAUUCUGUGAAUGAGGUAAUUCCAUUAAUUCACAAUGAAAACAAGAAAUACCUCCUUAAAACUGGAACUAUAUCUCCAUCUUCCUCCAGUGAUAUCGCUUCCUCCUUGGAUGAUAGCAUUGAGUCAGGUCCACUCAGCAACAUCCCGUCUGAUGAUGAGUUGUCAAUAGCAGACACAACUGCUAAGCACUACACUACUACCCAACUCUCACAUCACUGGUUAACACAGAUGCCAAAGAAUGCCUUAGACUGUGCUUCUCCUAAAUCAAAUCUGGUUCAACAGCUUCAGCAAGAUAUUCAACAGAAGCAGAAUAACAGUGACGUAUGGGAAAAAAUUGAGGGUUUUGUAAAUAAGCUCGAUGAAUUGAUUCAUUGGUUGUUUGAAGCCAUGGAAACAACUGAAAACUGGACACCUCCGAAAGCCGAUACAUGCAGUCUGAAACUUUAUCUGGAAACCCAUUUGUGUUUUAAACUCAAUGUAGAUAGUCACUGUGCACUAAAAGAUGCUGUGGUAGAAGAAGGACAGCAACUUCUGGAGCUCAUUGAAUCACGCAAAUCAGGAUUGAAAGACAUGCUGCAGAUUAUUGCAAGUCAAUGGCAGGAGCUACAAAAACAAAUCAAACGACAGCACAGUUGGAUUCUUCGAGCACUGGACAUAAUCAAAGCUGAGAUACUGGCAACUGAUGUGACUGCAGAUGGUUUAGAAGGACCUAGAAGCCCCAUAGGAGAAAUACAGCUUAUCAACUUAGAGACCAGGAGAGAUGCUGUGGAACAGAUGUCACUGAAGCUUUAUAGCGAGCAGUACACGACUCACAACAAUAGAAAACAAGAAUUUGCUGCAAUGUCAAAAGUCAAUCGGGUAGAUACUUACAGCCUUCUGGACUUUGAAUCGGAGUACCAGGAGCUCUGGGAUUGGCUGAUUGACAUGGAAUCCAUAGUGAUAGACAGCCAUGACCUGAUGAUGUCAGAAGAGCAGCAGCAGCAUCUUUACAAGGGAUACAGCAUGGAGAUGUCAAUGUGGCUUCCUAAGAAACUACAUUUACUAAAGAAGGUUGCAUGUCUGAGAGAAGCUGGUAACUCAUUACCCAGUGAAAUUCUUGAAAAGGUAGAGGGAAUUAAAGACAAAUGGCAACUAUUAGAGAGAACGCUUGGAGAGAAAACCCAGCACACAGUAAUGGGGCCGAAUGGGGCAGGAACAUGUGAUCUUCUGUCACCUGAAAGCAGUAGCCUGGUGAGGCAGCUGGAGGUCAGGAUCAAAGAGCUUAAAUGUUGGAUGAGAGAUACAGAGCUUUUCAUCUUUAAUUCCUGCCUGCUGCAAGAAAAAGAAGGGACAACAGAGGUCCAGAAAAAAUUGCAGCAUUUUAAGUCACUGUGUACUGAGAUUAAACAACGCCGACGUGGCAUAACAUCUGUAUUACGAUUAUGCCAACGUCUCGUCGAUGACACAGAUGCCAGCUGUUCAGAAGCAGAUCGUCAGUCAAUGCAACUUAUUAUUGUGAACUUGGAGAGAAGAUGGGAAGCCAUAAUAAUGCAAACUGUCCAGUGGCAGAACAGACUGCAAAAACAACUAGGAAAAGAAAAGGACUCCUUAAGCUGUGUUGAACCUAGUCUAAUGGAUCUGAAUAUUUUGCUUGAAGAUUCACUGGAAUGGGAUGAAAUGGACAUGAGUAACAAUCUGAUUGGUGUCCAAGAUGAAACAAUUAAUAUUGCAUUUGAGGAAAAGGACAUAUCAAAGUUUUCACCGGGACCCAUAAAUAAUCUUGGUGAUGAACUUAUGCUAGAUCAAUAUACCAGUGGCCCUGGAGAAUCACUGUAUAGCCCUGGUGAAGCCCCUUCUUCUUGUCCAGAUAUCUAUCAGGUCUACACCCAGCAUAAUGCACAAAUCUAUGGAAAAAAUCAUGCAUCAUACUUCAAGAAUGCUUCAAUGUUUCCCAAUUCAAAGACUUUAGUAAGGAGUGCAAGUAAAGAUUCCUCUUUUUCAUCUGAUGACUCUUUGCCAGAGCUACUGGGUGACUUAAUUCCAUUAAAAAAGGGAAAACCAAUAACACUGAAACUUGAGAGUGAGAAUGGAAUGGUCAGUGAAGAUGGUGCAGAAACAACAACAAAUUCUCAAAGUUCCCUGCCAAAACAAAUUGAUCAAGCUCAAACAGUCAAACCAUUGCACCCCCUGAUUGAAUUAAAACAUAAAGACUGUCCAUUUGUAAAAAAAGAAACGAAGAAUGCAGCAGGAACAGAAAUAACAAAAAAUGAUGUACAAUUGUCAAAAAGUCUUCAAUCACUGUCGCUAAGUAAUGAAGGAAAUUUACAAACUCAUGAUAGGAACAAAACCUCUUCAAAGGUCUUUUCAAAUGAUCUAGAGGCACAAUAUGAUGUGUUCACAUUUUAUGACUAUUCUUACCUGCAGGGCCCUGAACUUGAGUUAAGUAUGACUGUAACACACUCACCUGAAGAAAAGGGAAUUACUGGUGAAAAUGUGUCCUCUAAACCACACUCUGCUGAAUUUAUUUGUGAAAAUGGGCUAUCAGCUCCUGAUUCCAAGCCAAACAACAUCAUAUCCAAAAAAUGCCUACCAAUAAAAUCAAGUGAAGCUAACCUUGAGACUUACUAUGGCAGAACAGAUGAUGACAGAUUAUCUCAAGAUAAUAUAAAUGAUUCAGGUUUUGCAUUUUUGUCUCCGAGGUCAUCAAUGGAAUCAAUUUCAAUUGCUGGUGACAUAUUUCAGUUUGGAACUAACAAUCACAAAAAUGGUGAUCUCCAACGCAGUACUUCCUUAGAGAGCUUGGUCAUUCCAUAUAAAGUCACAGAGGAGCUACAUAGCCUUCAGGGAUCAGGUAGUGAUAUUCUAGGUAGUGAUGCAGUAGGGGAGCUCAGUAAGAGGACAUUAGACCUUUUGAAACGUCUGGAAAACAUCCAGAAUCCCAUGAGUCCAAAAAUGAAACGUAGUGUUUCUGAUAUCACAUUGCAGAGUAACUCUCUCAAAAUGUCAUUCACUGGCCAGCUCUCAUUUGAUGCUGCAUCAUCAGCAAAUGAUGAUUCUGCUGCUUCUCUUACUGAACUAAGCAGCAGUGAUGAGCUUUCUUUGUGCUCUGAAGAUAUAAUCAUUCAUAAAAAUAAAAUUUUGGACUCUAACGCAUCAUUCAAAAAACAUGUUAAUCAUUCAGUGACUGAUGAAGCUGAUGUCAAUAUAAGCAUGAUUGUUAAUGUUUCUUGUACAUCUGCUUGUACAGAUGAAGAAGACGAUAGUGAUUUGCUUUCUAGUUCAACUCUUACACUAACUGAAGAGGAGCUAUGCAUUAAGGAUGAUGAUGAUUCCAGCAUUGCUACAGAUGAUGAGAUUAAUGAAGAAAGUAAUCACAUUUUAGACAGGAACUAUAUGAAGAAUGACUUCCACAACUGGAUUAAACCAAUUUUUUCUGUGACAAAGGAAAAGAAAAAAUUGAAUCCUGGAGAAAAGGACCAAUGCAGGACUGAUUCAAGUAGUAUAAAGUUACCAACCUUCAAAAAUAUUUCAACGUUUUAUCCAUUUUUUAAGACUUCUGCAUUGAUGCAGUCUGAGUCCAAAGAUUGUAAGAGCACAUCAUUCCAUCCAAAAGAAAGACACCACAAACAAAAUGGGGUGGAGACUCUCAGACACUUCUAUGGUGACCAUUUGAAAGAUGAUGUAGAGAAUGGCAAUGUGGAAAAAUCUCUAUUAAAAGACAAAAAAGAACUAAUUGAAGAGAUAGGCAGUAAGAAUCUUCAAUAUUUUGAAAAGGAGCAUAACACUAGUAAGACUCAUAAAUCAGAAUGUUCAAAUUCUGAAUUAUUUAGUGGAAAAUUUGAGCAAAAAGCAGAUAUUCUUUCGACACAAUACAUUCCAACUCCCCAGACCCUCAUACAAUCUUCACAGAACGAUAAACAGCUUAAAUGUUUGGAAGACAACAGGACUGAAAACCAACAUUUGUCAUCAUGUGCUUUUAACGUCGAUGUAAAGCCUGUUUUCUCAGAGAAACCUGAAAAGAACUGUAAUGUUACAGUAUUAGGUGGAAAUGCAGCUUCUGCAAAAGAAGAUAAGAAACUUCAACAGCAUGAAGGCUCAAAUGCAGAUUUAGUAAUUAACUGUCUUGGUGAUGAAUAUAAUAUAACUAGUCAAGAGUCAUCUGAAAAAUAUUCACCUCAUCUUAAAACAGAAAGCAGACUUUUGGAAGAAGCUAGUAAGGAUCAUGUUAAUGAUCUUUCAAAUUGUUCCUGUCAUUUUAGUGUUCCUCAUGGUGUUGAUGGUGAAGAAGAUAGCUCUGUUCAUAAUUUUGUGAUGGAAAUAAUUGAUAUGGCAUCAACAGCUCUUAAGAACAUAUCUCAACAUGACUCUGAAAUGAUGAAUCCAACUUCAGUGGCUCAGAUCAAGGAAAAGGUUCUGGAACAUUCCCACCGACCUUUGCAGCUGCGAAAAGGAGAUUUUUAUUCUUAUCUGUCUAUAUCAUCACAUGACAGUGACUGUGGUGAGGUAAACAUGUACAUUGAUGAGAAAAGCAGCACACCUUUGCCUUUAGAUUUUAUCGAGAAGAACAGGUUAGAAAAUGAUGAUGAAGAUGAUAACAUGCAUAGUGAAGAUGUUGAAGAACAAUCUACCCCACACCAACCUUGCUUAUUUAAUCCUGCACUUCAAAAGGACAAGAUAUCAGAUGACAAUCUAUAUCCUUUGACCAAACCUGAAACAUUUUUUGACAACAAUGCAUCACUGUUGCCAAAUAGUAAACUGGACAUUAUGACAUCAAAAGCUAUUCAUGUGACUCCAACUAACCAAAAUAAAUAUGAUGCAAAUUCAGUCGGAACAAAGAAAAUCACUGACAAUUCAGAUACAUUCUUAGGGAUUGCUAAUCAAAUGCAUAACACACCUAAAGAUAAUAAAUUUCAAUCAAUCUAA